AUGUUACCUCAGAUUAUGAGGUCUAGUGAUUCCUCAGAGAAGCGCCGGCAUCAAUUUAAAGCUAUACCUGAUAUGCAGAAAAAGAUGAAUGACCAGCAAAAUCAGAAUGAUGGUGUAAGGAAGAGGUUGAUGUACGAUCCUAUAUUGGGUAUAAUAUUGCUAGCUUUCCUAGGAGGGGCGAACGGACAGAGUACCAAUUCGAGCUGCACAUUAAGCGAUGAUGUCAAUUGGAUGUUCAAUGAUGCUGAAGAAUCACCAUGCUUGAUAUGGUCAAAGGUUCAAUCACUCUGCAUUCCCCAAACAUCUUACCUCAAUGUCCCACCAUUACUGGACCAGAGUUAUUCUUAUAACCUACCCAGUGAGAGGAGCUCGGAGUGUCAAUGUAAUAGUAUUUCAUACUCUCUGAUGGCAGCCUGCGCAAUAUGUCAGUAUCCCACUACUUCCCUUCCAUCAGAAAAUGACUGGUCGGCAAGUUGUCGCAAUUAUGUUAACAAUGGAUUGGGAUUCGAUCAAUCCGUCGUAUCGAUCCCUGCGUUCGCAUAUCAUCAAUGGUCAGGAUCAACUUUUACAGGAGACAUUGCCAAAACACCUACUACCACUCCUACUUCCCAAUCAUAUACCACCACACUAUCACGUACUUUUCCCACUUCGUCGUCCUCUUCUUCGUCAAGCUCAUCUUCGUCAACCACAGCUUCAGCCUCCUCGAAUCCAGAAUCCAAUUCUAAUUCAGAAGAUCAUAAAUCAGUCUCAUGGGGACCAAUAAUAGGAGGAGCAGCAGGCGGUUUGGUCUUCCUUGUAGUCCUGAUCCUUUUAAUUAGAUGGUUUAUCACUCGUAAUCACACCAAGCCGAAAGACAAAACAAAUACAAAUAAUCGUAUACCAUAUCCAUACCCAUAUCAAGGUCAUGGGAAAGAAAGAUCCCACGCUCAUGAUCAAGAUGAUUCAUUCUUAGAAAUGUUGAAUUCAACUAAAACCAAAACCAAGACUAGAGCCAUAUCAAUCUCUCGUCCUAAAUCACUUUCCAAAAGUACCAACGCCAAGAAUCAGGAGAAAGAAAGAGAAGAGAUGCUGAAGAGACGUACCGCCGAAUUGAUGUCCGAUCCGUCCUCUUUCGCUCAACCUCGUACUGCCCCUGUACCAUUCACACCUAACCCCUUAAACCAACCGAGAGCAGAUCCACCUACACCUAAGUUUCCUCCUAAAUCAACUAAGAGAUCUAUAAGAUUUACUACAGAUACAGAUACAGAUCGACCCAUUUCAACAUCCUCUUCUCUCUUGCAAAAUAGAAAUGAAAGAGUAUUGAUCCCACCUAGACAAAGAUACAGUACGAUAUUUUCAGAUUCAUCCUGUGACUCCGGCAUAAAUGGUGGAUCUAGAAUAUUGAGUCCUCAGGAUUUCCAUCAAAGUGAAUCUGCCUUUCGCACCAGGUCAAUAUCACCUUUACCUCCUGCGAAAUUCAACGAAAUGAAACAAAGACAAAGUAUGGUAGGUUCUUUAUCUAUGGAUUUCAGUGCUCCGCCAUCAAUCAUCUCCGAUUCACAAAGACCAAUAAGUGAAGUUAGAACAUUACCAUCCUUAUAUGAACCUGUUAUUGGUGCAAGGGAAUUUAGAAGGAGUGGAUUGAGAUCACAAAUGUUCAGUCCUGAAAGUCAAUAUCCCUUGACUGGAAAAUCAACUUCGAAGUAUCCCGAAAGUCAAUAUUCGUAUAGCUUGGAUAAUUAUCCUGCACAAGAGUUAUUGCUUCAAAAGCUUAAAGGACAUAAACGACUGAGUGAGAUGGGAGAAGGAGAUACGGAGACAAUAGGAGCUGCUUUGGGAAGUGGGAAAAGGGGAAGUUAUUGGGGGAGGGAAAAUAGAUGGAGUGGAUUGAGUAGUGAUACAGCAGGAAAGAACAGGUAG